AUGCCGAAUUUGCUGUCGAGGAAUCCAUUCCACCACCAGGAUCAGGGCUCGAAGAGUAUGGGAACGGGAGGCCAGCAUUCGUCUCCCGGCAAGGGCAGUUCGCCGUCGGGAGGGGCUACGGUGACGAGGAACUCACGGUCGUUCCUGAACUUUAUGAAUAGACGACAGAGCAACGACUCUGUGAGAAGUGAGCGGUCUACGGACUCGCUGCAGACAACUUCGACGCCGUCGCAUAACGUGUCUCCGCAUGGGAACCCCCACGAGAGCACGAUGGCGACGACGACGUCGCCCAAGCCGUCGCACUCGAUGGCGGAGCUGAAGAGGUUCUUCAGACCCAAUCUGCACCGCAAGAACACUGGGGCGGGCGGACAUGGGCCGCAGCGGUCCUCGUCGACGAUCAAUUUGAACUUGCCGUUCACGCACCACCAGACAGGACACUCGAAGCACCAGGUGCCGGCGCAGGGACACCACCGGCAGCACCAGCAGCACCAGCCACAUUCGCAUUCGGAGCACCACGUCCACACGCAGUCAGCGAUACCGCCGAGCUCGGACUCGACGCUGUCGCUGUCGAACAACAUCAAUAUCUAUCACGACGAUGCGAUCCUGGCUCAGAAGUACGGGAAACUGGGCAAGCUGCUCGGGGCAGGGGCCGGAGGAUCGGUGAAGGUGCUCGUGAGACCCACCGAUGGGGCCACUUUUGCCGUGAAGGAGUUCAGGCCACGGAAAGCCAACGAGUCGGUGAACGACUAUGCCAAGAAGUGCACCGCAGAGUUUUGUAUUGGGUCGACGUUGCGCCAUCCCAACAUCAUCGAGACGCUGGAUAUCUUCUCGGACUCCAAGCAGAACAAGUACUACGAGGUGAUGGAAUACUGUCCGAUAGACUUCUUCGCUGUGGUUAUGACAGGUAAGAUGUCCCGUGGUGAGAUCAAUUGCUGCUUGAGACAGCUGACGGAGGGGGUCGAGUAUCUGCACUCAAUGGGGCUGGCUCACAGAGACUUGAAGCUGGAUAACUGUGUGAUGACUUCGGAGGGGAUACUAAAGUUGAUCGAUUUCGGCAGCGCCGUGGUGUUUAGAUAUCCUAUGGAGACUGAAGUGGCGAUGGCACACGGCGUGGUUGGGAGUGAUCCCUACUUGGCGCCCGAAGUCUUGACAUCUACGAAAAGCUACGACCCGCAAUGUGUCGAUGUCUGGUCCAUCGGGAUCAUCUAUUGCUGUAUGAUGUUGAAAAGAUUUCCUUGGAAGGCUCCACGAGAAUCAGAUGAGAAUUUCAGACUGUAUUGCUUACCAGAUGAUGUGGAACAUGAUUACGUUGCUUCCGCAAAACAUCAUGAAAAGUUACUGAAGGAAAGACGAGAAAGGCACGGGCCGCAUGAGCAUGUACAUGAGCAGCAGCCUCGCAAUGAUCCAGUUCCUGAUGGAAAAGACGUACCACAAGAACCGGCCGAGGAGAAAACGGUGAACAAAUCUAAGGUGAACGAAUCAGGAGACACCGAAUGCGAUAAGCGAUCCCAGGACCAAACAUCAGGAAACCCAAAGGAGGAUUUACAACCAAAAGAACCGAAAGAAUCGAACGAAUUGAAAGACGUGCAUCCCGGCAAUUCCAAAACUGAAAAGGUAGAAACCCACGAUCUGAGAUCUGUUGCUUCUCAUAAAUCUAACGGUCCCCAUCACAGGAAAGUCAUUCAUGGACCGUACCGUUUGUUACGUUUAUUGCCCCAUGCUUCGAGACCUAUAAUGUCCAGAAUACUUGAGGUAGAUCCAAGGAAGAGAGCUACUUUGGCUGACAUGUAUAAGGAUGAUUGGUUCAGAAAUAUCCCCUUCUGCACAAUGGAUCCGAAAAAACAAGUAAUAAGAGCACCAGGUCAUCAUCACACUUUGGUAAAGGAAGAAGACGCUCAUCUGGAGACUUACAAGGUUUAA